AGAGCCCUCUACAGAGACGUCAUGCAGGAGAACUAUGAGACCGUGACCUCGCUGGGGUUUCCAGUUUCCAAACCUGAUCUCAUCUUCCAGCUGGAACCAGGGGAAGAGCUGUUGUCCCCAGAUCUCCAGGGCUCAGAGGAAAGAGAGAUCCUGAGAGACAUCUGCACAGCAGGUGCUGGGCUGGUGAGUGAGACCGUGGAGCAGAAUUCUCAACAGGAAGAUGAUGAGGAAGUGGAACCACGUGGCAAAUUAUUGCAAAGAUGCAAAGGGAGUGUGUCCAGGAGUUGUGAUCAGGGAAAAGCCUGUGAAAGUCAGCACAUUCCAGAGAGGUGGCAGGAAAACCAGCCAAUGCAGAAAGUUGGUCAAUCUGUUUAUUAUCGGGGAACUCACAGACAUCUCAAGGAAACCACGGCCCAGCAGAGAAUCCCCAUGGGAGAGAGAAACAACAUGUGUAUUGAGGGUGGAAAAAAGUUCAGUAGGCGCUCACACCUUAUUAGACAUCAGAGAAUCCACACAGGGGAGCGACCCUAUGAAUGCUGCCAGUGUGGGAAAACUUUCACUCGGGGCUCACACCUUAUUAGACAUCAGAGGAUCCACACAGGGGAGAAACCCUAUGGAUGCUGUAAGUGUGGGAAAACCUUCACUGGGCGCUCAAACCUUCUUAGACAUCAGAGGAUCCACACAGGGGAGAGACCCCAUGAAUGCUGUGAGUGCGGGAAAACCUUCACUGAGCGCUCAAACCUUAUUCAACAUCAGAAGAUCCACACAGAGGAAAAACCCUAUGAAUGUUGCGAGUGUGGGAAAACCUUUACUCGGCGCUCAACCCUUAUUAGACAUCAGAGAAUCCACAAAGGGGAUCGGCCCUAUGAAUGCUGCCAGUGUGGGAAAACUUUCACUCGGGGCUCACACCUUAUUCGACAUCAGAGGAUCCACACAAGGGAGAGACCCCAUGAAUGCUGUAAGUGCGGCAAAACCUUCACUGAGCGCUCAAACCUUAAUCAACAUCAGAGGAUCCACACAAGGGCGAAACCCUGUGAAUGCUCUGAGUGUGGGAAAUUCUUCAGUCAGAGCUCAGCCCUUAUUGUUCAUCAGAGAAGCUGCAAGGGAGUUAAAGACCAUAAAAACCUUGUCUAGAUUUUGUUUUCUUUUGCUAAUUCCCACAUACUGAUCUUUAAGGCAGCAUUUGUGUCACCGUGGUCUCUUGACUCCCUCACCUGAGUUGUCUGCUUUUCACUUUUGCAGCUCACCUUUCCUUGAGAUGAGUCCCACACUGUUUUUCAUCAGCUCCUUUGUGCUAUGUCAUGGAGGUGUGUGUCCCUCCAACAGGAAUCAUAGAAUAUCAGUGUUGGAAGGAACCUCAGGAGGUCAUCUAGUCCAAUCCCCUGCUCAAAGCAGGACCAAUUCCCACUAAAUCAU